AUGAGAUCGCAAGUUUGGGCUUCCAUGAGGCACGACAAGUAUUACCGUCUACACUGCCAGUCCUGGCCUGGUGCUCGUAGAUUAGUGUCGAGGAUUCUGAAGCUGCACCGACUCAGCAGAGGGCCAAGACGGAUUCCCAGGCUCUCGUCAGCCACGGACGCCUUCUCUGGACAAAAGCUGGUAAAGGCUUCGCUGAUAAAGCGGAAAACAGCGAGGCUGCUCCGGCUGGAGCAGGGCCCUGCAGUGCCGCUCUACCGGUUUCCUAGCAUUUCUGCGGUUACUGUUCAUGGAGACCCUCCUGUUCCUCAGAGGAUGAUGCACAAGUCCCUGACAGAUUACUGA